CUGAACAUAAUGGCCAGCUUAUUUAUUCGCUUUAUUUCAAUGGGGGAAUCUACUACGUAGUGUGGUCAACUCUGUGAAUAAGUUGUGAUUUAUUUAAGACAUCUACACUCCUCGUGAUGGCAAAGCGACCAGGGCGACAGAGGAACCAGCUGCCAACGUGUUACUAUGAGGGAUACCUGGAGAAGAGGUCGUUCAGAGAGAAGACAUCUCGGAAACUGUGGACCUGUCUGUGUGGAAGCACACUGUUCUUCUUCAAUGAGAAGAGAGAUGCUGAUUACAUAGAGAAACUUGAUCUCAGUGGAUUCAUCUCAAUAACAGAUGACGGCAGCUACGAUCGUAAUUUAGGUGCAGCCAGGCUCAACUUCCAAAUGAAGGAUGAAAACAUCAAAUUUACUUGCCCAAAUGCUGAGACUCGUGAGCUGUGGAAGGGCUUUAUUCACUCUGUGGCUAAGCUGUCGUUACCAUCCUCCCUCAACCUGCUGCCCGGCCAGAUCCAAAUGCUAAAAGAGGUUAUAGAAAAGGAAAAGGAAAGGAUAAAAACUGUCCCUCCAUCCGCUGUCAGCUCCAACUCCAGUCCUUAUAUCAGCCUCCAAGCAGAAAUGCCAGUUGUCCCUCCACCUGCUGUCACCAGCUCCACGCCUCACACCAGCCUCCAAGCAGACAUGCCAGCUGUCCCUCUACCUGCUGUCACAAACUCCAGUCCUUACAUCCACCUCCAAGCAGACCUGCCAGCUUGUUACCACAAUGUGUCCCGUCUGGAGGCAGAGCUGCUGCUUGAGAGAGAGGCCAAGAGAGGAAACCUGCUGCUGAGGCCUGGGAGGGACGGACAGUCCUUCGCUGUCAGCACCAGACAGGACCUUGGCGGCUCUAUAUUCAGACACUACCGAGUGACUCGGAAACAUGCCGGGGGCUUCACCAUUGAUGUUGACAAUCCUGUCCUCUGUGCCACGCUACAUGAUGUGAUCGACUAUUUAGUUGACAAAACUGACGGAGUUUUGAGUCCUCUCAGCAUUGAGGAACAAUAUGAGAAAAACAUCUAUUUUAUUUGGUCUGAUGAUGAAAAUGGAGAGAAGAGUGUUCAGCAGGCCCAGUCAGCCCCGCCAAGCAUACCUCCCAAACCAGUAGCUUUAAGACCGCCGAUCCUUGUACCAGUGCCAGAACAACCUGUAGAAGACAAUUUGUAUCUGAAUGACACGCUGGAGGAAAUGGAGAAAGAGCCAGAGGAAUCCCCAGAUGUUCCACUGCAACCUCUGGAGAAAAAAGCUCCAAAGAAAGCAAUGAUGCCUCCAAGUCAUGCUCUUUGCAAACGCUCCUCUUCUGCAUCAUUCUCCUCCUCUUCCUCCUCCACAAACAGCUGGGACAUGAGGAUGAAAGUCCCCUCAGAAAGUCUGGGACAGAUUCCUCCAGCAGCAAUAUCUGAGCUGAAACUGAAGUUGGAACGAAAGGGGAUGUGUCAAGAGUGACCUCUACUGGUGGGAGCCUGUUCCUCCUCCUGUCAGCAGGAAAGCCUCACAGAGGAUUAACACUUUAUUGAUUCACCUUUCUCAGACACUCAUUAGCAAAUGAAUUGACUGUAACAAGGGUUGUACAUGUCACAUUAUCCUCGCCAUGUUUCUCUUGUAUAUUUUGCACAUUUUCCUAAUCAGAGUGGUUGUUGCAGUGUUUUUUUUUUUACUGUAAUUACUUGUUGAAUUGUACUUUGUAUAUUUUUACUUUAUGAGAUGGAUAUUUUUAUUCUACCUGAGGGUUGUGUGAUUAUAUAUUGUACAGCACACACCACUGCCUCUCUGUGUAGUGAACUCUAAAAGGAAAAAACGAGUUGGCUUGUGGUUACUGGACCUGCUGUAUGUGAAUGUAUUACAUAUUGUGUUUCAGUGAAGGGAAAAACUCUUUGCUUCAGUCACAUGAAAUUACAUACAUGUGACCAAGCAACUUCUAGUAUGUGCCAUACUGCACAACCGGUCAGUUUUAUGAUGUUCUGUAACUUUUUUAUGAAGUAUUCCUGUGUUGCACUUUUUUUUAAAAAACUUUAUAUUUUUCUUGCUGUUUUGUUUUAUUCCUCGUCGAACCAGAAAACACAACAACCGCUUGCUCUCACUCCUUUAUUACCUCAAUGACUGAUACACUGUAGUGGAAAAAAAAUUACUAUUUACAAUAAAUUGUGACAUGUCAGCAUGUGAAAUAAAGUUUAAACAUAA